ACCCGCAAUCCCUAAACUACUUCUCCAUGCUUGGAAGAACAAGAGAAGCAGAAACAUGAGUGGAGAUGAUACUUCCGAGCCUCCACUUGGGGUUCUAUUCAGUCGAAAGCGCGGGAAAACCAAGUCGACCAAGAAUCCAACCCAACCAAUCCCAAUCCAUGCCGACCCGGUUCGAGCUCACCCGGAGCCGGUUCCAAUUGACCCGGAGAGCCCGAGGCACAACCCUCCUAGGGUCAGUGUCUCCAUGUUCGAUGACUCUGUGGAGAAUCACUUCCGAGUCAUGCACAAAGUCUCCGAGCUUUGCGGCGAGAAGGGAUACGAUGAGCCAAUCCCGGAGACCGAGCUUCAUCGCUUGCAAUCAUCCACCACUUUCCUCAGGGAAUGGGCGGACUUUAAGUAUGAACCUAGAGAUGUUCGGUUUGCUUGCGAAGCCGAAAGCCAUGAUGGGGAGGAUGUUAUAAACUUGUCUCAGUUUUCUUCUGCAAUUGUUCCACAGAACGAGGCGGAUGAGACAUCUUCUCCAGAGUUGAGCCAAGACUUUGUGAUGUAUGUUGGAGGAUCUGUUUGGGCAUUGGAUUGGUGUCCUCGAGUUCAUGAAACUCAUGAUCAUCAUGCCAAAUGCGAGUAUAUUGCCAUAUCUGCUCAUCCCCCUGGAUCUUCUUAUCACAAGUUAGGUAAGCCACUUACUGGCAGAGGUGCCAUUCAGAUAUGGUGUCUUCUAAAUGCUAGUGUAAAUAAGAAAGAUGUUCAUAUAGGAGAGAAACCAAGAGGUAAAAGUACAAUGACUGCUGCUAUAGUAAAUUGCACUGAACAAAAAAGGCCUAGGGGAAGACCUAGAAAGAAGCCAAUAGAAGAAUCUAUUGACAAAGAGGCCAAAGAAGAAAAAUCAACUGAAUCAAAGAGGCCUAGAGGAAGACCCAGAAAGAAAUCAACAGAUGAAUCUGUUGACAACUUGGAUGGGAGAACCAAUAGUGUUGAGAUUCUGGCCAUUGAUUUUACAAAGGAAUCGUCCGAGUUGCAUUCUAUGGAUUGCGUUCCUGCAAGUACUCAAGGAAAUGAUGUUCAAGAAGAAAAUGAGAAAAAGCAAUCAAGCUACAGGCAGACUCAACCGAAGACAAGAGGAAGACCCAGAAAGAAGCCAAUAAAAGAGCCUAUUGACAAUCUAGAUGGGGGUAGCAACAAUUCUGGGGUUCUUGCUAUUGAAUACCAAAAGGAAUUACUGGAGUUACAUUCCAUGGAUUCUUUUCUUGCAAACACUCAAGGGGAUGAGGUACAAGAUGAUAGUGGUAAGAAAAGAAAAAGGUAUAAGAAAAAGGUUUCCAAAGGGGAAUCUGGGGAGAAGCCAAUAGAUAAUUCUGUUGAUAACUUGGAUGGGAGCAGCCGUUUGCCGGAGGUUCUUGCUGUCCAAUAUCCCAAGGAAACAUCAGAGUUGCAUGCUAUGGAUCGUGUUCCUUCAUUGACUCAGGGACAUGAUGCACAAGAAGCUCAAAAUGGAAUAAGAGAAAGGUCUAGACCUGGUGCUGAAAUUGGCUCAACUAGUUGUUCGGUUCUGAAGGAUGUGGCAUUGCCAAGAAUCAUAUUCUGCCUAGCUCACCAUGGAAAGGUUGCUUGGGAUGUGAAAUGGCGUCCCCUUGACGAACAUGAUUCGCGAUGCAAGCAUCAAAUGGGCUAUCUUGCUGUUUUGUUAGGGAACGGUUCUCUGGAAGUGUGGGAAGUUCCUGCUCCUCAUGCAAUUGAGGUUAUUUAUUCUUCUUCAUCUGAAGAGGGUACUGAUCCUCGCUUUGUGAAAUUGGCACCAGUAUUUAGAUGCUCUCUGUUGAAGUCUGGUGAUGAUAUAAGCAUUCCUCUUACUGUGGAAUGGUCAACUUCACCACCUCAUGACUACUUGAUUGCUGGAUGCCAUGAUGGAACGGUUGCUAUGUGGAAGUUUUCAGCUAGUAAUGCAUCUCAAGAUACAAGGCCUUUACUUUGUUUCAGAGCAGAUACAAAUCCUAUUAGGGCGCUUUCUUGGGCUCCAGGUCAAAGCAAUUCAGACAGUGCAAAUGUUAUAGCUACUGCUGGACAUGGAGGCCUAAAAUUUUGGGACCUACGUGAUCCAUACCGUCCAUUGUGGGACAUCGAUCAUAUACCAAGGUUCAUAUAUAGUCUGGAUUGGCUUCCAGAGCCAAGGUGUGUUCUUCUCUCCUUUGAUGAUGGAACAUUGAGACUUCUCAGCUUGACAAAGAUUGCCUCUGAUGCCCCGGCUACAGGAAAACCCUUUGCUGGAACAAAACAACAGGGCCUGCAUAAUCUUGCUUGUUUGCCUUUUGCUAUCUGGAGUGUUCAAAUAUCAAGAUUAACAGGUAUGGUUGCAUAUUCUGGUGCAGAUGGUACUGUUCUGCGCUUCCAGCUUACGUCCAAAGCAGUGGAGAAAGAUGCUAUACGGAACCGGGCACCACAUUUUCUGUGUGUGUCACUAACUGAAGAGGACUCUGUUGUAACCAUCAGUAACCCAAUACCUAACAAUCCUUUCCCAUUGAAAACAUCUCGUAAAGCUGAGCCAAACAAAGUGAAGAGAGAACAUGAUAAGAUUGCAACUGCUUCAGAAGAUCAAGUUUUAGCUCUUUGUUAUGGUGAUGAUCCGAGUAUUGAAUUAGAAUCUGGGAAAGAAGCGGCAUCUGUUAGAAGCAAAACUCGCAAAUCUGGGGAUGACCGAGCAUUAGUGUGCAUGGAUCAAGAGCCAUUUAAUAGUCAGGAUGAAGAAAUUGGAGAAAAGGGUACAUCGCUUAAAAGUAUUGUAAAUCAUAAAUGCAAGUCCAGUGAGAAAAUUACAGAAGAUGAACAAGAACUGGUAUGCAGACGUGAAGAGCUGACUGAUAGGCAGGAAGAGAAAAUUGGGACGGCGUAUGAAGUGUUUCCUUCCAAGCUAGUAGCAAUGCAUAGAGUGAGAUGGAACAUGAACAAGGGUAGUGAGAGAUGGUUGUGCUAUGGAGGGGCAGCUGGAAUCGUACGUUGUCAAGAGAUUGUGUUGUCCGAAAUUGAUACGAAAUGGGCAAGGAAGAAAUGAGUAGCCAUAUUUUCUGUAUUUUAUUUUUCUUGAUUCUUCCGACUUCUGAGCCUGUUUAUCAAGUGCUUUUGGCAGAGCUAGUUGUGGGUGUAUAUAAAUUAGUAUUGUCUGUUGACUUACUAGUUUUCUGCCCAUCUGAAUGAAUGUAUAUUGAAAUUCUGUUUACAGUCAAAGGCCUACCUCCUACCUUAAAAAACGAACCAA